AUGAAUCUGGGUGUAGGAAGAGUGAAUCUAUACACUCUUUUCGCUUUCGCUUUUCUAGCAUCCCUCAUUGGUAGGUCCAACGCAUCAUUAGGAGACCAUCUCCCCGACUUCAAAGAAUGUGUCCAGGUCUGUACAACGGAAAAUUGUCAGAACGGCAAUUCAGUGCUACCUCUGCACCACCGCUUGCUACUAUGGACCUGCCCCGCUGAAUGUGACUACACUUGUCAACAUGUCAUUACCGACCGUCGAGUUUCGCGUGAUCCUCCAAUGAUCAGCCCGAUUGUACAAUUCCACGGAAAAUGGCCAUUCCGUAGGCUCCUAGGGAUGCAGGAGCCCUUCUCAGUGCUCUUCUCCUUCUUCAACUUCGCCGCCCACUGGCACGGCAUGUCCCGUAUCCAGGAGUCGAUCCCCGCCUGGCACUCGCUCCGCCCAUACUACAUGAUGUUUGGAUACAUUGGACUUGCAAGCUGGAGUUUCAGCGUGGUAUUCCACAUGCGCGAUUUCCCCUUGACCGAGAAGCUGGACUAUUGGGCGGCUGGCGCCAACGUGCUGUACGGUCUCUACCUUGCCGUCGUUCGAAUCUUCCGCCUGGACCUCGAAAAUACACCAUACCGGCCAACCCUACGUCGGCUUUGGACUGCUAUCUGCGUUCUGCUAUACACAUUGCACGUGGGUUAUCUUACCUUCUGGUCUUGGGACUACACCUACAAUAUGAUCGCGAACGUAGUGGUUGGCGUUAUCCAGAACCUCAUGUGGACCGGGUUUAGUAUCUUCCGAUACCAAAGGCUUUUGAAGUCUUGGACCGCCUGGCCUGGUAUGAUUGUGGCGUGGAUAAUCAUGGCCAUGAGUUUGGAGUUGCUCGAUUUCCCCCCCUGGAAUGGGUUGAUUGAUGCGCACAGCCUCUGGCAUCUGGGUACAGUGGUCCCCGCUGUUUGGUGGUAUUCUACUCCCCUCCUCUUCAACUUCGACUUUACCAGAAGCUUCAGAGCACCUAUCCUCUUGAAACUUCUUACGGCGCCUUCUAACCAAUCACACAUUUGCGCCAUGGCCUCUCCGGCUAUCAAGAAAGCGAUCACCGAGGCGGCGUUGCAGUACACAAAGCCUGAGGGCAAGGUAUUUGAGUAUGGCACAGCAGGGUUUCGCAUGAAAGCCGACCUCCUCAACACCGUUGUUUUUGCUGUGGGCUUGCUUGCAAGCCUACGGUCGAAGAAGCUUAGCGGACAAUGGAUUGGUGUUAUGGUUACUGCUAGCCACAACCCCGCGGAGGACAAUGGUGUCAAGUUGGUUGACCCCAUGGCUGAGUGGGAGGCAUACGCGACAAGACUGGCAAAUGCCCCAUUGGAUAAGAUCGCCGAUGUCUACGAUGAACUUAUCAAGGAAAUCGACGUGAAGAUGACCAACCCUGCUCGUGUAGUCUUCGCUCGUGACACCCGUGCUUCUGGCUCCCGCCUGGUAGGCGUACUGAAUGCCGCUCUUACCGCGACGGAGGUCGAGUUUGUGGACUUUAAAUACAUGACCACUCCGCAGCUCCACUAUGUUGUUCGCUGCAAGAACACCCUUGGGACACAAUACGAGUAUGGCGAGCCGACUGAGCAAGGAUACUAUGAGAAGCUCGCAAACUCCUUCAAGAAGGUUAUGCGGGGAGUCAAGGUCCAGGGUUCCUUGACUGUGGACUGCGCCAACGGUGUCGGCGGACCUAAAUUGAGGGAACUGAUGAAGUACCUCAAUGGAAUCGAUAUUAAGGUUGUCAACGAUGAUGUGAUCAACCCUGACGCCCUGAACUUUGAUUGCGGCGCCGACUAUGUUAAGACCAAGCAACGUGCUCCUCCUUCUUCCAAAGCUGCUGUGCUUGAUCGAUGCGCUUCGCUUGACGGUGACGCCGACCGUCUUGUUUACUACUUCCUAGACGAGAGCAACGUAUUCCGUCUUCUGGAUGGGGAUCGCAUUGCCACCCUUGCGGCAUCUUUCAUUGGCGAUCUUGCCCGCAACGCUGGAAUUGCUUCGAAGCUGAAGAUUGGUGUCGUCCAGACUGCCUAUGCCAACGGCGCCAGCACAGAUUACGUGGAGAAGGUCCUCAAGCUCCCCAUUAUCUGCACCAACACCGGCGUGAAGCACCUUCACCACGCCGCGCUGCGGUUCGAUGUUGGCGUCUACUUUGAGGCCAACGGACAUGGUACCGUCACCUUCUCCGAGAAUGCCCUAAAGGUCAUUAAGAACACCGAGCCUCAAUCGCCGGCGCAGCAGCACGCCCUGGAGAGCCUCCAGGCCCUGACCGACCUGAUUAACCAGGCUGUGGGUGAUGCCUUGUCCGACGCACUUCUUGUGGAGGCCAUCCUCGCCCACAAGGGCUGGUCACCCAAGGAGUGGCUUGGAACCUACACUGACCUUCCUUCCCGCCUCGUGCGUGUCGAGGUCAAUGACCGUUCCAUUUUCAAGGCGUAUGAUGCUGAACGUAAGCUUGAGUCUCCUCCCGGCCUGCAGGGCACUAUCGAGUCUCUUCAAUCUCGGUACAACAAGGGCCGCAGUUUCGCCCGUGCCAGCGGUACUGAGGAUGCCGUCCGUGUCUACGCUGAGGCUGCCAGCCGCUCCGAGGCGGACGACCUCGCCACUCGCGUCGCCAACGCUGUUAGCGAGGCAGGCAGCGCCUAA